UCAGAACUUCAGUUUGCUGCAUGAUCUCACUCUGAGAGGUGGGGCAUUCUGGCAUCCACCUCACACUGACUGACACACACAUAAAAGGGAUUUAGGAAGCACAGGCACUGACUGCCAAUCAGUGUUGGUGUGUCCAGAUACAGAGGAACAGCUGAUUCUUGAAGUUGUGCAGCUGCUGCUCCUGCUUCCCUGUGCUUGUGUAAAAAGCGCAAGACAAGAACAAAUCGAGACACAAGAAAACAAGCAGAACGAGGUAGAGACAUGCCGCAGAACGUGCUGCUGGAAGGGCCGGCACCAUGGGGAUUUCGAUUGUGUGGUGGCAAAGAUUUCAACCAACCUCUAACCAUCACCAGGGUGACUCCUGGCAGUAAGGCCUCAGUGGUCAACCUGUGCCCAGGAGAUGUCAUCCUGGCUAUUGAGGGAGUCCCAACAGAUGGAAUGACUCACACUGAAGCCCAGAACAAGAUAAAAGACUCUACUAAUCAGCUCAGCCUCAAAAUAGAGAGGCCUGAAACCAAACUCUGGUCACCACAAGUCAUGGAGGAAGGCAAAGUUCAACCAUUCAAAGUCAAUCUGGAAGCAGAGCAACAAGACCUUGGCUAUUUCGAACACAAGUUUAAUGUCAGGCCAAAGCCCUUCACACCUGGGGGUCAAAGCAGAAAUAACACAUCUCAGAGGGUGACGUCGAAUGUAGUUCAGGGGACAGCACCAGUUACUAAUCGCAGCCAAAUUGAAGUUCUGGCUCGUUCCACUCAGUAUAACACCCCCAUUAACAUGUAUUCAGAUGCCAGUCUGUCAGAAGCUCUACAGCACACUCAGUUAUCUGAUGUAGCUGAUAAACCAGCAACCAGUGGUAAAACCCUGACAUCCAUUGAGGACUCUGAUGUGUACCGAAUGUUGCAGGAAGAUAAUGACGCUCCCCAUGAGCCUCGCCAGUCCGGCUCAUUCAGGGCCCUGCAGGACUAUAUAGAGAGUGACGGUACAAAGCCUAUGAUAACCAGGAGUGUCAAAGCUCCAGUGACGAAGACCCACGCAGCCACAGCUUCCCUACAGAAACUGCCUCUAUGUGACAAAUGUGGCAAUGGCAUUGUGGGUACCGUGGUCAAAGCCCGGGACAAGUUUCGCCACCCUGCGUGCUUUGUGUGCGCUGACUGCAGCAUGAACCUGAAGCAGAAAGGAUACUUCUUUGUGGAGGGGCAGCUGUACUGUGAGACUCAUGCUCGAAUCCGAAUGAGACCUCCAGAGGGACAGGAUCUGGUCACUGUGUACCCUAAUGCUUAAAAGACACUACAGCUCCGAUCUUUACUGCCUUUUGAUGCUGCAACCCAUUGAAGAAUGUAGAAAUGUUUGUUGCUUGUUGAAACCUGGUCUUCUCUAAGGGAAAUAUUCACAAUAUUAUCCAAUCUGGUUUUGUUCAACGUAAAAGACAAUGCUUGCUUGACAGUUUUAAGACCUCAUUUAGGCACCAAAAGAGUAAAAGCAAGAGAUCGAACAUAGUGUCAUUUUUGCUGUGCUCUAAUGAUAGAAUGUCAAAACUGAUUCUUUCAGGUGUAUCAUGAUUAUUUUAAGAUGAUAAUUUUUCAGUGAUUUAUUUCAUACUCAUUUAUAAUAUGCCAUCAAGUAUUCACACAGUCAUAUUUACUGGCUACAGAUUUUAUUUUAACAUUGAACCAAUUAUUUCUUAGCAUUUAUUUUAGCACAGUAAUAUAAAUAAAACAAAAACCCACAAUAUCCUUAUUAAGUCUAUAAACUCUAGAAAGUGAAAUGUUUUUUAGUAGGUUUGUUCUUGUGAUAUAAACCAAAGUCCCAUCACACCCCAUAACCAACACCAGUUAAUAAUUCUUUCAGGUGGGAUGGACCCUGCAUAUGCCUUUUUCUUGAUUAUUACAGUUUUAUAAUAAAGAUAUUAUUUCCUUGAAAUCAGUAAACACAGUUAAUUAUUUGGACUUAAUCAAUCUAGACUUACUGCUCUUUAUACAGUAUUUCUGAAGGUGGCCAGCCCUGAAAAGGAUUAUAUAGCUACAAAGCUUGCUGCACUACAUAGCUCUGUCCACAUGGUGGCAGUAUUUGGACCUUGAAAAUGUAAUUAAACGCACCAAAAUUAUACAAAA